GGCGCCCCAGUGCCGGCACGAGGCCUGCCCGCAGCAUGGCUGACCACACCGUCGUUCCCAUGCAGCCUGCGGUGUCCGAGACGAGGCUCGGGCGGGACCCUCCCAAGGACUACCUGCUCUUCUCCCUGUUCAACACCGUAGUGUUGGGAAACCCCUGCUGCCUCGGCUUCGUGGCGCUCAUUUACUCCGUCAAGUCCAGGGACCGGAAGCUGGUUGGGGACGUGAAUGGUGCCUUGACGUACGCGGAGACCUCCAGAAAGCUCAACAUCGGCGCUCUGGUGCUGAACGUGCUGCUGCUGGUCGUGGUGCUGGUCCUAGUUUUCCUGAUCCUGCUUCCUUCGCUUAACGCCCUGGUCAGGAAGGCCAGCGAGCCGCGUUACUAAGAAGCCCCUCCGCCCCCCCCCCCCCGGGGCUC